AUGCGGUCCCCUGGUGGUAAAUUCGUUGCGCCUAUACCAUUGAACUCUCAAGGGCAUGCAACUAUACGUCGAAUCCUCAUUGCUAAUAGAGGCGAGAUUGCUUGUCGGGUAAUCGACACAUGUCGCAAGCUUAAUAUCACAUCUGUUGCUGUCUAUGUCGAUGAGGAUGACACUUCACAACACAUCGCAUUGGCCGACGAAUCCAUCGGGCUGGGCUCCAUGGAUCAACCAGGUGGAAAUCCUUACUUAAACAUUGACCUGCUUGUCCGUGUUGCAGUGGAGAACAGAAUUGAUGCUAUUCACCCUGGUUACGGUUAUCUGAGCGAGAAUGCCGACUUUGCAACGGUGGUGCGCAACGCUGGUAUUACAUUUGUAGGACCCAGUCCAAGCGCCAUGGCAACACUUGGUGACAAGCGGUCGGCAAAGGCAUACCUUCGCGAGCAUGAACCAUCUGUGCCUCUAAUCCCAGGCUUCGCUGGAACAAGUCAAGAUUCUACAGAGCUCGAGAGAAUGGCAGAUGAGAUUGGAUAUCCAGUCAUGCUCAAGGCCUCAGCAGGCGGCGGAGGCAAAGGCAUGCGCAUCGUCCAAGAGCGUUCACAGUUAUGCGCCGAAUUGGAAACCGCACGAUCCGAAGCGGCCAGAUUUUUUGGCUCAAGCGACUGCAUCUUGGAAAAGUAUAUAGAACAAGGCAAACACAUUGAGGUUCAAAUUAUAGGAGAUAGCCAUGGGAACGUCAUUUCACUUGGAGAACGAGACUGCUCCGUGCAAAGGCGACACCAAAAGGUCAUUGAGGAGGCACCAUCCCCAUGGUUGGAUGAUGAGAAACGCAAGGAAAUGAGCGAUGUAGCAAUCCGAAUUGGAGAGCUCCUCAGUUACGAAAACGCAGGCACCGUCGAGUUUGUCUUUGAUGUCGCCACUGGCAAGUUUUACUUUUUAGAAGUAAACACGCGGUUGCAAGUCGAACAUCCUAUUACGGAAGAGGUCACAAGGCUCGAUAUUGUCUCGUUGCAGCUGUUUGUCGCCGGUGGCGGUGAUCUAACAACUCUGGAACCUCUUCAACAAAUCAAGCCCAUCGGACAUGCAAUCGAAUGUCGACUGUGCGCUGAGAAUCCACAAAGAGACUUCUAUCCUGGACAUGGUGUAGUACGACUCUGGCGGCCAGCAGACAGCUAUAGCCAUCUUUCCAAUGACAACACUGUCCGAUUCGAAACUGGUAUCACAACAGGGUCUCGAAUUUCCAUCCACUUUGACUCCAUGAUUGCCAAAAUCGUUGUCUGGGAACCAACCCGAGCGCUUGCACGGGCCAAAAUGAUCAAGGUUCUCGCAGGUACUGCGUGUGUUGGAGUCGGCACAAAUCAGCUGUUCCUACAAAGCUGUUUGCUCCAUGAACAGUUCUCAAACCCAGCUUAUACCACUUCAUUUAUCCCCGACAACUUGGCUUCCCUCUUACAGUCCCCAUAUGCCGCGGCCGCCUCUGAAGUGGUAUCCGGAUUGCCACUCUUGGUCUCCUACGUGAUCAACAGCGCAAUAAAACGAGAGAUCUCGGGUAAAACACGCCCGUUUUCAAAUAUCCGGCCAGGGUUUCGCAAUCAAUCAUUCGACACGGUGAAUCACGCUGGUCGCAGAAUCGUCGUUAUUGAUGACGAUGCGUCAGUGAAGGAAUCGUUUGUUUGCUCGUGGACCGAAGCUGGAAACAAAAAUGCCCGCACUACCAGCGGUACAAUCGCUGCACUUCCAGAAGUUGAUGGUACAAAUGUAACCUCGAGAUACAACCAGUUGAGCAAUGCUCUGCGCCAGGGCACACUACCAAGCCAGCGGAACUUCAGUGUUGGUAUCAAGUCCUGCGAUCUGAAAGUUGUGAAGCCUUUAGUGCGAUCUUCUUCGCCUUGGUACGAAGCAACGGUACAUGCCACACUGAAUGGGAAACAAUGUCUCUUACAAGUUGCCACCGAAAGCAAUAAUAUCGGCCAAAGGGGUAUCAGUCAAGUGGCACAAGGGGUUCGGGCUAUGUGUCAUGUACCACAGCUAGGAACUUGGGUCGACUUGACCAGCUUCAGCGUGCUCUCCUUUUUCGAAAACAUUCGGGAGAAGCAAGUGGAAUUUUCGGGUGAAAAGCUGAGACACAUCAAUGCCCCAAUGCCUUGCAAGGUACUCUCCGUGUUGACAACGGACGGUGAAACUGUCAAGAGUGGUGAUAAGGUCAUGGUGGUGGAGAGCAUGAAGAUGGAAAUCAACAUUUUUGCUUCUGUAGAAGGUGUGUUUAAACCAAAGGUCAACGAAGGGGAUGCUGUUGACGAAGGUAGAGCUCUCUGUAUGAUUGAAUAA